AUGGAUGAAGAUGAAGGCGGUGGUGGCGGCGAAUAUGCUGACCAAGAAUUCGAAGAAGAGCAACUUGAUGACGAUGAACCAUAUGAAGAACAGGAGCCACAAGGAAACGACGAAGACGAUGGUGCCGAACAUGGAGAGACUGGUCCAGAUGGUUUCCGUACUGAAGUCAUGCAGAUAGAUGGUCAAGAGCGACCAGCACAAGAAAACGGAGUCCAUCAACCAACCAAACGACGUAAACCAGGUCCAAUCCCAAAAGAAGCUCGCUCUACUACUCCAUACUUGACUAAAUACGAAAAGGCCCGUGUAUUGGGUACCAGAGCUCUUCAAAUCUCAAUGAAUGCUCCCGUGCUAGUAGAUACUGGAAACUUGUCGGAUCCAUUACAGAUUGCUUUAAAGGAACUUAAAGCUAAACGAACCCCGCUACGUAUUCGACGCUUCUUGCCUGAUGGAAGUUAUGAGGAUUGGGAUGUUGCUGAACUCAUUCCUCUCGACUGA